GUGGGAAACCACGUGAUCUCAGUGCAGCGGAAACUCCAACUCCCAGCUUGCCUUUCGGUUUAGCGUGCCGCUUUCUCCGUCUGAGAACGUGUGUGAGAUCCAUAAGCUGCCAAUGUAUCUUCGUAGGGCUCUGAUAGCCGGUGGCUCAGCGGCGGCAGCUAUUCUGGGUGUGGUGGCGGCGGGGAAAAGCAAAGGAGGCUCAGACUCGGAAAUUCUAUCCGUAGCGCCGCCGGCAACUGGGCAAUGGGACAGAAACUGGGACCGUCGAGAGCCAAUAUCUAUGGUCAACUUGAGUAAAAUCAAUGUGGAGACUGGGGAGGAGGAACUUCAGCUUCACUUGAACAAGCACAAGCCUAAAGCCACUCGCCAUAUUUUUCUGAUCCGACACUCUCAGUACAAACUGGAUGGAAAAACUGACUUUGACAGGGUCCUUACACCUCUUGGGCGGGAGCAGGCAGAUCUCACAGGGCAGCGACUGGCAAGUUUAGGACACAAAUACAAUCACAUUGUUUACUCCACAAUGACGAGAGCAAAAGAGACAACAGAGAUCAUAAGCAAAUAUCUGCCAGAUGUGAACAAAUCCAGCUCUGAUUUGCUUCGGGAAGGAGCUCCCAUAAGACCUGAACCCAAAGUUUGUCACUGGAAGCCGGAUUUUGUGUAUUAUGAGGAUGGCCCUCGGAUUGAGGCUGCAUUCAGACACUUCAUUCACCGCGCUGAUCCCAAGCAGGAAGAAGACAGUUAUGAGAUCUUGAUCUGCCACGCCAAUGUUAUUCGCUAUGUAGUAUGCAGAGCUUUACAGUUCCCUCCUGAGGCCUGGCUCCGCAUUUCCCUUAACAAUGGCAGCAUCACUUACCUGGUAAUCCGCCCCAAUGGCAAUGUCUCUAUCAGGAUGCUUGGUGACUCUGGGUUUAUGCCUGCUGAAAAAAUUAGCCGGACAUAAGGGGCAACCCCCUUUCCUUGAAGCUUUCCCACUGCCAGCCCAGAAGAUUCUUAUGAGAUUUUUAUGCUGCACAGUUCAGCACCUAGCCAGUUCUGUGCCUUAUUUCUUGGGCUGGGCUGGACUUUAACAUUCCUUUGCUGGAGAGAUUGCAAGCAUUUUCUACUGAGUGAUCUAUACUGCUGUAUAUAUUUCCAGUAUGGACACGUUUUCACAGGGCAGAUAUCUAAGGAACACACUGCCAGGCAUCUAAUUCAGCAGAAUAUAUUGUGCACAGAAAGCCAAGGCAUUGUAGUUAAUGUGCUGCUAAACAGAAGUUGCACACGUUUGCUAUGACCCAUAGAAACUACUGUAGCUGAUUAACAGAAAUGGUGUGGCCUAUGUAUCAUAAAGAAUUAGCAAAGCGAUAAAUUAUGAGCCAUUGUUUUAAAGGGUGCACAAAUACCCUCAACAGAAAGUCAUUGCAGUGUUUUAGUUAUGGCACUAGUGUAUAAUAGGGCAUAAAAUGUUCAUCAUUAAUAGCUGUGGAAAAACCCAAAUUGUAGGCUUCGUUACAACACAAUCAGAUGUUGGCCUGAAAGCAAAAUGGAUGAAUCACAAUGAAGAUUAGAGGCAACUUCUCAAGUAAGGAGCUGCUUAAGUGAAGCACUGAAGUUGGUGAUACUGUUAAGGGCUGGUUUUAAGGAACUUGAACCUUUUUUAAAGUUCACUUUUCAUAGGAGAUUUGGUUAUUGUAUAAAUCAUUGCACACAUUUCUAGUUAAUGCAUGUUUAGUUUCGAGACAGAUUUUCAUUUUUUAUUGUGGCACAGUUACCUCUCUUUUGGGUUAGUAUAUAUUCUGCUUUUAAAGUAUUUGGUUUUUUUGUGUAUAGAAUGAUCUAUCAGUUUAUCUGGGCUUAACUUGACAUGAACCGUGUGGAAUAAACUAGGAUUAGGGUAGCAUGUAGUGUUAUAAAUUGUCCGGCUUUAAUACUGUAUCCCAGUGCUCUCCAUUGUACAGGGCUGGGGCAGAGGGAUACACUGAUAAUCUGGAAGACUUUACAGGGAAUAUAAAGGAUAUCUCCUUGCUUGGAGGUUAGAAGUCCCCUGGUGAUUAUACUGGGUAUGAAAUUCUCCUGUGUCGCCAUGAAACACCUGUGUGAUAAGUUUAGAUAUUGUGAGAUACUGUUGGAGGCAUACGUUUCUCUUAAGCUUUUAAAAGAUCUUUUUGUUAUCGUCAGAUGAUCGUUUAAAUGUACGAUUUGUCCAUCAACUAAAAAGACCAUUUCAAGUAAUGUUGUCUAGUUGAAGCCAGGAAAACUGCUUGGCCCUGCAAACGAUUGGACAAUAGAUACAUUUCACUGUGACCAAUGAAGAUUUUCUAACCUGGCCGAUCAAUUCUCUGACCAACGUUGGAUGAAAAAUCGAUAGAUGCGCGAUCGUUCGAUUCCCGCGAUAAUUUGACGGAUUUGUCAGAUCGCACCUGAAUUGGUCGUUUCGGAAGAGAAAAAGCUUAAUGUCUAUGGCCACUUUUAGAGAGUAAAUGUAAGUUUUAAUAAAUUUUCAAUAAACAUGAACCAUGGAUGAAA